AUGACGAGGGGUCCUGCCCUCGGAUUGGUGGAUGUUUCUAUGCCAUUUGAAGUAGAGACGGAUGCUUCCGACUUUUCCCUAGGCGGUGUCCUUAUCCAAGAAGUUUACCCCAUCGCUUAUGAAAGUCAAAAGCUCAAUGACGUAGAAAGGAGGAAAGAACCCUCAAGCUCAGAACUUCAUCAGAGAAUGGAAGUAGACAACAGAUAUAGCCCGAGCAUAUUUGGAAAAAACUUCCAAACACAUGAAGAAGUGGGCAAGGACCAAAGACCAGAACAGAUCAGAUCAGAUUCCACAGUCGAAAGGACCAAAGACUUGUUCGAAUAUAUGAAGGCCCGAUUGAAGUUCUCAAAAAGAUUGGGGCUACUUCUUACAGAGUUGCGUUACCCACAUGGAUGA